AUGUCUGGUAUAACAAGAGGGCAUUCGUGCAUACUAUGCCAGCGUCGAAAAGUUCGCUGUGACAAGCAAAAGCCAUGUGGCAACUGUGUGAAAGCCAAGGCUGAAUGCACCGUCAUCCCCCAACGAGCUCGUGGGAAGAGGAGCGCCCCGCGGCCAGAAAGUGACCUGAUGGGCCGAUUGAAGAAAUAUGAAGAAUUACUCAGUCGACAUGGUAUUGACUUCAACUCAAACCUUGAUAGUCGGCGUGAUACCGAGAAGCCCGAGACCUCUGUCGCUGGCAACUCACCUUCGAUCCCAAGUGCGCCGAGCCAGUAUUCACCGCGAACGAAUGAUCAAAGGAGCUCAAAAUGGUUUGCAUUUUACAAUGAUUAUCGAACCACCAACGAGAUGCUGCAUGGUGGUUCAAAUGACUCGGAUCAACCAACAGUCCACCGUGCAUUUGAUGCCAUGAUUGAUGAAACAGGCAGCUUUCCAUUUGCUGCAGGUCCCUCCCGGGCGAGUACAAGGAGCUCACAGCCAUCUUCAAUGCAGAGCAUACAAUUGUGGCAAAUAUAUAUCAACAACGUCAAUCCACUUUUGAAGAUCAGCCACAUCCCCACACUACAAUCUCAUGUUAUUGAAGCUUCAGCAGAUCUAUCUGAAGCGCCGAAGCCUCUACGGGCUCUCAUGUUUGGCAUCUAUCUCACGGCUGUCAACUCAAUGACCGAUGACGAAGUUCAAGCCAAGUUUGCAGAAACCAAAGCUAACGUCAUGGCCAUGACCCGAGAGAACACCGAGCAUGCUCUUCUUACUGCCAGCUUCAUGAAAUCUGACGAUAUAAUGGUGCUGCAGGCCUUUUUCCUAUAUUUGAUCGGCCUCAGGUUGUACGUGGACCCUCGGUCGCUGUUCUGCUACAUUGGAAUUGCAGUUCGUAUAGCCACUCGGCUCGGAUUGCAUCGUGAUGGGGCCCAAUUUGGAUUAUCCCCAUUUGAGACCGAGCAACGCAGACGACUAUGGUGGCAAAUUGUCACCCUUGACAAACGAAUUGCUGAUAUUACUGGAUCACCAACCAGUGCACUUUCGUCGAUGGGCACCGAUUGCAGAUUUCCAUUGAAUGUGAACGAUAUAGAUCUGCAUCCCCACGCCAAGGAGCCACCAUCGCCUUCAACCGGAGUCACCGGAAUGACUUUCUUUCUCUCUCGAAUCGAGAUAAUGAUUGCAUCUGCCCCUGAUGGCAUUCGACCCAAUCCAAAAGUGCCGGCAAAUUUCCGAGUACAUGAUGGCUCUAUUCCAAUAAGCAAAAGGUCAAAUCGAGACCAAUCCGAUCAUCUUGAUCGCUAUUGCACAUAUAUGGAAUCAGCCUAUCUCAAGCAAUGCAAUCUCAAUAUUCCCAUUCAGAAUUUUACCUUCUUGAUGACACGCGUCUCUUUGUGCAAACUACGCGUUCUCGACUUUAUCUGCGGCGAUGUUUCUUCCAGAGAAGGUGAUGAUAAGCGAAGAGAAGCCACUUUCUCAGCUGCCAUCGACCUUCUAGAAGCUGACAAUCGAAUCCACUUGACGGAAGAUCUCCACGGCUUUAUCUGGUACAGCCAUAUGCAAAUGCCACUACCCGGGUAUAUAUUCCUUGCAAAUGAGCUGUCACACCACACAAAGGGAGACCUUUGCCAGCGUGCGUGGAGGGCUCUUCUUCAAAGCCCCUACCAUCAGGGCCUGAGUCAAAAUCUUCGAAGCCCGUUACAUGUUGGUCUUGGACAGGCAAUUUUGAAAGCUUGGGAUGCCCGUCAAACCUCAGAGAUGCAGUUAGGGCGCUCAUUACAAGAGCACGAGCUCGUCGCCGCGCUUCGCGCAAGUCUUACAACCCAUCUUUCGCGACCGGAAUCUACGCGACCUAUUGCCGAGGAUACCGAGAGAAGAGAUAUUCCCCCGAGCAGCUUUGGGCCGUGCCAAAUGAGUGAUACAGCUGAUCUGUUGCUCGAUCCUACUUCGAUGUAUAACCCCAUGAGUCGCAUGAAUGAUAUGCUUCCGUCGAUUGAAUUGGAUUAUAAUGAAAUGGCGUGGACAAAUCUGAUGCAAUCCGGAGCGAUUGGUGGGUUUUGGGGCAAUCUGGACUCUCUUGGCCAGUAA